AUGCUGUUCUCCCUGCAUCAGACACUGGCUCUUCUUGCCACUGUCAGGGUUGCUGUGGGCCUGGCUCAUCCAGUACACAACAUCUCGCUCGAUGCUUCCCUGGACCACUCGAAGCGAGGGACUGGCUAUAUCAACGCAGUCUACUUUACCAAUUGGGGAAUCUACGGUCGAAACUACCAGCCUGCCGACCUUCCUGCCCAAGAUAUUACACAUGUCCUCUAUUCCUUCAUGAACCUCGACCGCAGCGGCAGGGUGUUCUCCGGUGACAUAUAUGCUGACCUCCAGAAGCACUAUCCGGGCGACUCCUGGACAGAAUCUGGUCACAACGCCUAUGGCGCUGUCAAGCAGCUGUUCAAAGUAAAAAAAGCAAAUCGCAAUGUCAAAGUCAUGCUCUCUAUCGGCGGUUGGACCUGGUCCUCUAAUUUCCCCACCGCCGCGGCUACAGCGGCAUCUCGUGCCAACUUUGCCAAGUGCGCCGUCACUCUGAUGAAGGAUUGGGGCUUUGACGGCAUAGAUGUCGAUUGGGAAUAUCCAACAACCAGUACCGAAGCCAACAACAUGGUCCUCUUGCUCAAGCGCGUGCGUCAGGAGCUGAACUCGUAUGCGGCCAGGUACACGCCAGGACACCAUUUCGAGUUGUCAAUCGCUGCUCCCGCCGGACCUCAGCAGUUUAACAAACUCAAACUCAGGGAACUCGGACAGGUAGUCGACAACAUCAACCUCAUGGCAUACGAUUAUUCUGGAUCAUGGGACGGUGUGGCCGGUCACCAGGCUAACAUUUGGGCCACCAAAGGCACUGACAAGGCCACCCCCUUCAACACCCGUGCGGCCGUGGAUGCAUAUGUCGGCGCCGGGGUACCCUCUUAUAAAAUCAUCCUUGGCAUGCCCAUCUAUGGCCGGGCCUUCACCAACACUCAUGGGCCGGGUUCCUCCUUCAGCGGCGUUGGACCAGGUAGCUGGGAGAACGGGAUCUGGGACUACAAGGAUCUCCCGUUCCCGGGCAGCCAGAGGCACUACAACAAGCUGCUUGGUGCCACCUGGACCUACGACCCGAAAUCGCGCACCAUGAUCUCCUACGACACACCUGCAGUCGUUCGCCAAAAGGUUCGCUUUGAGAAGCGUAGAGGCCUUGGCGGCAGCAUGUUCUGGGAGGCGUCCGCCGACAAGAAGGGGGCCGAGUCGCUCAUCUUGACAGCAAAAAAUAGCAUGGGCAGCCUGGCCAGGAAGCAGAACUGCCUCUCGUACCCAAAUUCCAUUUACGACAAUAUACGCACCGGCAGGGUUUGA